UUUUUUUUUUUGUUUUUUGCCUUUUUAUCAGUUUGACUUUGCUCUCACUCUCUCUUUUCUUUUCUUUCUUUGUUUAUAUAUAUAUACAAAAUCAAUGGCCCUUUCCAAGCGUAUUGUCAAGGAAACCGAACGACUUCUCAAAGAUCCUGUACCAGGUAUAAGUGCCACACCACAUGAAGAUAACUUGCGUUAUUUUGAUGUUAUAAUUAGUGGACCCGACCAAUCUCCAUUUGAAGGUGGUGUAUUUCGACUAGAAUUGUUUUUGCCUGAAGAUUACCCCAUGGCAGCUCCUAAAGUUCGCUUCUUGACAAAGAUUUACCAUCCCAAUAUUGACAAACUUGGUCGUAUCUGUCUUGAUAUUUUGAAAGACAAAUGGAGUCCUGCAUUGCAAAUACGUACUGUUUUAUUAUCUAUCCAGGCUCUUUUAUCUGCACCAAAUCCUGAUGACCCAUUGGCCAAUGAUGUUGCUCAACACUGGAAGGAAAACGAAAAGGAAGCCAUCGCUACUGCACAUCAAUGGACACUCCAAUAUGCCUCGAAUAGUUGAUUACUUUUAUCUUAGCCACAAAUUAUAUUUAUAUGUUGUUAUGGGAAUGGCGAUUUUUGAUGGAUUUUUUUUUUGUUUUGAAAUAAACUAGGAUUGAUUUCUUAUUGUAUUUAUAAA